AUCAUAGUUUAUGGUCUUUCUUUGGUAUUUAUCGCUUCGAGGGUUAGAAAUAGUGUUUAGAAAAUGUGGUAACGGUAAAGCGGUAAAUCCAGGAACUGCUCGUCAACAAACGUCUCUUAAGUUGGUUCUAAACUCGAAAACUGGCCAAAACGUGGAUUCCUGCAAAUAUAAGUGGAAACGAAACCAAUAGAAAGCAAGAUAAUGGAGGUUACUUCUGAGAACUUUCAAGAGGUCUUGGACGAGCUGGACACAGUUUUACCAGAUGCUGCUUUCCUUGCGAUCGAUGGGGAGUUUACGGGACUUAUCGCAGGGCCUGCCGCUAAUGCGUUUAAUACACCGAAACAGUAUUACGAUAGCAUUCGAUCUGGAUCAAUGGAUUUUCUUUUAGUCCAGUUGGGUCUGUCGGUUUUCACAUACGACACGGAAAGAGAUACGUACAUGCAACGUUCGUAUAAUUUCUAUGUUUUUCCAAGACCCUUCAAUCGAAUGGCUCCAGAUUGUAGAUUUAUGUGUCAAGCGUCCUCGGUGGCCUUUCUUAUAGACAAGGGAUUCGACUUUAACAAGCUUUUCAGACUUGGUAUACCUUAUCUCACUAGUGAGGAUAGAAAUAUAUUAAAGAAAAAGUUAGAAAUGAAGCAACAGAGUAAAGAAAAGUCGGCAGAGCUUAUAUUAAUUUCUGAGGAAGAUAAGCCAUGCAUAGAGGACAUCUGUUCCAGGAUAGAUGGCUUUGUCAAGUCGGAAGAAGAAGAACUGUCGAUGGAAUGGUGUAAUAGUUACAUUAGAAAGGUAUUACGACAAGAAGUGAAAUUAAGGUGGCCAGGUAUCAUUAAAGUUGACGCCAAGUCUGACGUUAGUAAUAAAUUCGUAAUUAAGAAAAUGGGAACAAUAGACGAAGAAGAACAGAAAGAGUCGGAGAGGAAAGAACAGGACGAGCUGGAGUUAAAGCAAGCGUCCGGACUUAGUACAUUGGUAGAGAAAAUUUCGAAAUCGAAAAAGCUCCUCGUAGGCCAUAAUAUGUUCUUCGACAUCUGCCAUAUCAUUCAUCAAUUUGUACAACCGUUACCAGCUAAAUACACAACGUUUAAAUCUCAAGUUCAAGAACUUUUUCCACGAAUCUUGGACACACGAAUUAUGUGUCAGUCGCCGAAAUUUAAAGGCAUCGUUCGAAUGUCGCAUUUACAUAUUCUGUUAGAGACAGUUAGCAAAGAACCAUUUACGAUGCCUAAAGUAGAAGGAGUAGAAGGUCGAUGUUAUUCUACGCAGACCGAUAAAACACACGAAGCUGGAUAUGAUGCAUACAUAACUGGACUGUGUUUCAUCUCUUUGUCCAAUUAUUUAGGUUCUUUGGAAAAUCCUAAAGUUUCUACGGUUUUAUCGGAUUCUCCCCUCUUAGAAUCAUUCAUGAACAAAGUUAUCUUCGGGAGGUUAAUAGACAUGCCGUACAUCAGCUUGAACGGAGAGGAUCCCAAUCCUAGUCGAGACCAUGUGUUCCAUAUCACGUUUCCAAAAACGUGGAGAACGAAUGAAAUACAGCAAAAGUUCCAACCAGUUGGUGGAAUUUUAAUACACUGGAUAAAUGAUACGUCCGCUUAUGUGUCUCUGAAAAAACGUAAUCAACGUGCUAUGGUUUUAAAAAAAGUACGUCAGACAAAGCAAUUCCAGAUUCUAAGUUACGCUGAUCACCAAGCAUCGCUAGAAAUUAAAGAUAAUGACAGCGUUAAUGCCAACGAUGACAAGCUGGAGAAUAACAAAGCGGAAGAAGCUCCGUCUGCGAAUGUUAUCACGGCGGAGGAGGAAGAGGAACAAUCGCGGGAAGAUAAAGAUGAUAAGGGAGAAGAGAACGAAUGGAAGAUGGUUGUAGGAAAACGAAAGCGGAAGCUCUCGGCGUCGGAAAACCCGUCGAAGACGUCGCCGAAGAGAACCUUCGUUGAAGACACCACUUGGGAAUGAUGACUAAAGGUUAACAAAACAAGAAUCUUCUCUUGUAUUGACUUCUAUUAACGCAAAGAAGAUUCAACAAUAUUGUAUUUUAAAAAAAAUACUGAUCGUGUCUUCUUAUCUCCAUUGUUACGUGGAACAAAUCGCCAUAAUCCGUUUAUAACAAUUUAUGUGUUACGUCGACUUAUCGAUUAUUGUUAAACAAAACAAGAAUCUUCUGUUGUAUUGACUUCUAUUAACGCAAAGAAGAUUCAACAACAUUGUAUUUAAAAAAAAAAUACUGAUCGUGUCUUCUUAUCUCCAUUGUUACGUGGAACAAAUCGCCAUAAUCCGUUUAUAACAAUUUAUGUGUUACGUCGACUUAUCAAUUAUCAGUGAAUUUCGAGGCUCCGAAAAAAAAAUGUAUAAACCUUCGAUCGAACUAUAGAGUGACUUAGCCGUUAAUGGAAUAAAAAACGCGUAAUGGGACGUCAACGAUUCCUCAGAUUGUUGACAUUCUUCAGUCUCAGAUAUCGAUCAAAGCCAUUCGUACGUCUUCGUGAUAUAUUCUAAUAAGACCUGAAAUUUUGUUGUCAUUCUGCGUUUAUUAAUGUAAAAAUUAACCACGUGUGGGAAUAAAAUCUGUUUUGAGUGAUAUGAAAUAAUG